UCGCGAGGCCGAGUCGGGCUCCUCUCUCGCGAGGCCGAGUCGGGCUCCUCUCUCGCGAGGCCGAGUCGGGCUCCUCUCACGAGGCCGAGUCGGGCUCCUCUCACGAGGCCGAGUCGGGCUCCUCUCUCACGAGGCCGAGUCGGGCUCCUCUCACGAGGCCGAGUCGGGCUCCUCUCACGAGGCCGAGUCGGGCUGCUCUCACGAGGCCGAGUCGGGCUCCUCUCACGAGGCCGAGUCGUUCCCUGGUCCGACGCGCAGCACCUUUCUUUAAGCUGGCACACGUAGCGUGGACGGCUUUUAUCCACGUUGUAUUCAAUUGCUCUGACUCUGCAUCUUAAUGAGGAGUCAAAUCAAAGAAGAAACCAUAUUCUAGCUCAGUUACAAUUUGUUAAAGUGUCUAAAAACCAAAAUCCCCUUAUUUGUUUAGCUUGUGAUUUAUUUAUUUUGAUUUCAGAGGAAACGUUAAAGGUUUUAUUCUGCUCAGUAUUGCUGCUGCAUAAGCAGUGGACUGUAAUAACUGAUACUUGUGACACUUCAGAGCAGGGGGGUCAAACUCAUUUUCACCAUGGGCCACAGCAGCAUCAUGGCCACCCUCUUAAAGGGCCAGAAACACUUUAUAAACUCCAACAUAUUAUUAAAUAACUCUCUUUGCAUUUGAUUAUUGUUUAUUUGAGUGUAGAAAUAUUGUACAUAAGAAAACAUUACAACAGGAAUCCAUUUAAUUUGAAACCUUCAAAAUAAAAGCAUGGGAAAUGUGUCCUCAAUUUCUUUAAGAGAAGGGGAUCAUGUGUCUUUCAAGCCAUCAGGGGCCACAGAAAAUGAUGCGGCGGGCCGGAUUUGGCCCGCGGGCCUUAUGUUUGACACCUGUGCUUUAGAGGGUCAAGUGUUGCACUCGGCUGUUUUCUGUCACCUAAAUGCAAUUUCAUCAACGUAUACUUUUGAGUGGAUUAUCAAUCUACACAUCUGUAUUCAUCACUUGUAUUAUUCUCAACUCUGACUCACGCCUGGAUAAAUGUGGUAAGGAAUCAUAAUCAUAUGAAAAUAGUGAGAAUGAAUGUCUUAAAGCUAUUUGUUUCAUUUAAUGUUAUUUUGAUUGGCAAACAUCUUUUGUAAUACUAACCACCUCUUACCAAUAUAACAGACUGUCUCCUAUCAGUAUGCUGUUAUUACUUAUGGACCCACAUGGGUUCCUGUAUUUAAAGCCUUAAUAAAUCUUAUAGAAACGGAGUCCUGUUGUCUGUGGCCCCCUGCACUCUGAAGUCUAAUAAAUAAGUAACUGUCUAUAAUGUGUAUACUACCUUUAUAAUGUAUAUUUGGACAACCAUCUUUUGGCAGUUAUAUUGUAAAAUGUGCUACAAAGGAUCUUCCUAUAGACGCCCUGUGUUUAGAAUGAAUGUUUUUUAUUUGAUUUUCAUACUUAUAUUUUGGGGGUUUCUACUUAUUUAUAUGUUUUAAUGUAAAAAAACAAACAAAACAACAUUAUUUCAUUCAUCGUGUGUGAAUUUACCUGUAACUUCUGUCUGAAACGCUCGUCAAGCCCUCCUCCCACCUGGUGGUCUUAUGGCACACGUUGAGGGUUGGAAGGCACUACAUCCACCUAAAUGUGUCCAAGCACUUAAAAUCUAUUUCUCAGAGCAGAUUUAUUUAGAAACUGCUUUGGCUAAACUUGCGUAUCGUCCCAAACCCUUGUAACCUCUACACGAUAUGAAGAAGCUGAAGGUCAAUCCUUGACCUUCCAUCAAAUGAGCCACAUCCUUCAGGGGGUUUAGUUUCCACCGAUCGGUGGACGAUACGCUCAGACAAAGCUCCUGGUAUGAGGGACGAAUUCCUUCCGCUUCUACAAGGUUUUGCUCUUGCAAUGAUUUCGAUAAAAUCAAGUGAAGAAAAUAGAAAUUAAAUAGGUUUGUUUGUCUGAAUAAAUUGAAAAUACUAAAACACUUUACCGUUUGCAGUAGUCAAGUCAUGCCAACCCUAAACAUUACAACUACAUGUCGAUUAGAAAAUGAUUGUAAGAACAUUUUUGUGAAUAAUUGAGGCUUUUUGUCCUUUUUAGUUAUAUAGUACAUUUUGUUCUUGGGAUUGAGAAUACGGUUGACCUGUUUGCUGAGGCAGCAGCUCCAGUGUUCUGGUCCCCGCCGUUUGUUCUGCAGGUUCUGUGAAGACCCUCCGUGGCAUCGGCAGUGAGGCGGACUCUUGUCAGAGCACAAAGUGCUAUUCAUGCUCCAGAUACUUGAGACACACGGCCAACCCACAGCUCCUCCUUUCAUUUCCUCAGAGUGUAAAUGUCUCAACUAAAAUAAUCACCAAGUCUCCUCAGUAAAACAACUCAUCUGAAAUAAUUAGAGCCUUAAAAGAUGGUCUGAAUUCUAAAUAAUUUUAAAAACCAGGCCGUUGUCGUCCAGCCUGGAGCAGCUUCCAGUGCUCUUGUUUCUGUCCAGUGGCCGGCCGGCUCGUGUUUCAUUCAUUUUGCUUCUCUUGUGCGCUCACAGCCCAGAAGCCCGCUGGACAUAUUUGGUUUCCUCUAAAAACAGAGUUCCUUGUUCACUGAGAUGAUACAAGACAGUGUCUCUGUUGUCGAGCCCGGUCCGGGAUUAUCUCUCGCUUAUCUGGUGCAUUUCAUGAAGGAAGCUGAAGAAGUGGGCCGGCCCGUCGGUGCUGCUCCCUCAGCAGGUGGGCCGGCCCGCAGAGCCACUCGGGAUCUCCCCACCUGCUGCAGAGACGACACAGCGCACGGACGAUGGUGAUUCUAACGCCUUUAAUGAUGCAAAGGACGGCGCUCUUUGUGACCUUUGGAGGUUUGGUCACUUCUCUGACCACCACCUUCCUCCCACUGUGGAAGACGAUGAACUCUGACCUCAACGAAGUGGAGAACUGGUUCUCUGGACUGUGGCACGCCUGCCUCUACACAGAAGAGGUGGGCAUCCAGUGCAAGGCCUUCGAGUCCAUCAUGGGGCUGCCGGCGGACCUGCAGAUCUCCAGGGUGCUCAUGCUGGUGUCCGUGGGCACCGGAGGCUUCGCUCUGCUGCUGGUCUUCCCGGGUCUGGAGGGGGUUGGGAUGUGUGUGGGCCGGCCCGGCCUCAAGAGGAGGCUCCUGGUCCUGGGCGGCGUGCUGGCCUGGGUGUCGGGGCUCAGCACUCUGGCUCCCGUCUCGCUCGUGGCCUACACCACCGUGGUGGAGUUCUGGGACGAGGGUUACCCCGACGUGAUGCCUCGCUGGGAGUGCGGAGAGGCCAUGUUCUCCGGCUGGUUCGGAGGCUUGGCUCUCGUCGUCGGGGGGACUCUCUUCUUCGUCGCCGUGUGCAUGGCGGACUACGACCAGAGGUCAGGAAGGGAGCCGAUCGGCCGGCGGGCCGAGCACAGGACGGAGCACUACCUGAAGACAGAGGUGCUAUAGAGUUCUGAUCGCCACACGGAGCAUCUGCACAUGCAUGUCCUUCACAUGUGAUGACAUCAUGAAAUGGCUUCAGUAACUUCUGACUGACGCCACAGGGCCGCUCCAUGUGCUCCACUUGUUCAUUGAAAGUAAAAGUACCGUUUCCAUCGUCUCUGCUUCUGCUUCAUUAUGAGAUCGUCCUCAUUAAGUUUUCACCAACUAUUAAAGUAAUGUGACA